AUGAUGUAUAAUAAGACUAAUCAUCAGCAUAGAAAUCAUUUUUGCCUGCAUUGUCUCCAAUGUUUUAGUACAGAAAAAAUACUAACUAAACACAAUGAGAAUUGCAUGGUUAUUAAUGGUGAGCAGGCUAUUAGGAUGCCGCAGAAGGGCAAAAAUACACUCCAAUUCCAAAACCACCAUAGGCAAAUGCCGGUGCCUUUUGUUAUAUAUGCAGAUUUUGAGGCUAUUACUGAGAAGGUACAAGGAUGCCAGCCUAGUAGCACUAAAUCUUAUACUGACAAAUACCAAAAGCAUACUGGCUGGAGCUAUGGGUACAAAGUAGUGUGCUGCUAUGAUGACACAUACACUAAGCCCGUACAAGUUUACAGAGGAGAGGAUUCUAUUAAAAAGUUUAUGGAAAAGAUGCUAUCAGAGGCACAAUACUGCCAGAAGAUCCUUAGUACCAAACGUUAG